UCGUUCUACCUCAAUCACUCUAACUACCACUAUACAGUGUCUUCCAAAAAUUAAUUAAAUAUAUCAAUAUAAUAAUAAUAAAUUAUCGCCGGAAAAGCGAUGGGCUGCACGCCGUCGAAGCUGGACGCCGACGACGCCGUCCGGCGGUGCAAGGACCGCCGCCGCUUCAUGAAGGAGGCGGUCCACGCCCGCCACCACCUCGCCGCCGCCCACUCCGACUACUGCCGCUCCCUCCGCAUCACCGGCUCGGCGCUCCUCACGUUCGCCCACGGCGAGCCUGUCUCCGACCACGCCCCGACGACACCUCCUCCUCCAUUUUCUCCGAACACGCCGCCGCCGGAGCUGCCGCGCCGGCGGCGGAAGCCGAUUAAGCUUCCCCAUAUACUCUCCGAUUCGAGCUUAUCCUCCUCCCCGCCGCCGAUUAUCCCCAAUUUCGAGUCCAAUUUUAGGGCAUACUCGACGUACGCGACCACCCCUUCUCAGGCGUCGUCGACGUGGAAUUGGGACCAUUUCUACCCUCCGCCAUCGCCGCCGGGCUCCGAUUUCUUCCACCAAUUUGAUAAAUCACAGAAAUCUGAACCUCUCAUUGACGACGCCAACCCUAACUUCAAGUACAGUCAUCACUACACCGACUCCGACGCCGACGACAUGGAUAUCGUUCGCGACCUUGGAUUUCCUCGCCGGAAUUCGUCGAUUCACAGCAAAUUCGACGAUCGAGCAUCGAAUCACUCAUCCAACUCACGCAAUUCCGCCGGAAUCCACGCCCGCCGGAGUUCUCGAAAUUGGGGGAGCGAGCCGGAGGAGUCGUCGUCGACUGAGAGAGAGGAAUUGCAGUGCAGCGAGUGGGGAGACCACGACAAUCAUAGCAGCAGUACCACAAGCAGCAGUUCGACCAAAUCCUCCGACGACGAAGAAGAAGAAGGAGCAUCGGAAUUCCGCCGCCGGUCUGAUUACCGGAAAACCUCAUCCUCCAACAAAUCGGAUAGUAGAUCAACCGUAGCCUGGGAAAAGGCGUCCGAUCCUGACCGUCGGAUCGGAAAAUCGACGGCGAAUCCUGACCGUCAAAUCGUGGUGAGGCAUCAAAAUCUGGUGGAGAUUGCAUCGGCCCUCAAGGAGCAUUUCGACAAGGCUGCUUCAGCCGGCGAUCCGGUCUCCGAGAUUCUCGAAUCGGGCCGGGCCCAGCUGGACCGGAACUUCAAGCAUUUAAGAAAAACAAUCCUUCAUUCUAACGGAAUACUAAAUUCCCUGACCUCGACCUGGACAUCGAAACCUCCGUUGACGGUCAAGUACCGCUUAGAAAUGAGCUCGAUCGAACAAUGUGGCGGUCCGAGAGGACUAUGCUCGUCUUUGGACCGUCUCUUGGCGUGGGAGACGAAAUUGUAUCAAGAAGUAAAGGCUCGAGAAGGUGUUAAAUUCGCGCACGAGAAAAAACUAUCUGUACUUCAAGCCCAAGAGUAUCGCGGCGAAGACGAAGCUAAAUUGGUAAAGACGAAGGCGUCAAUAAAGAAGUUGCAAUCUUUGGUUUCGGUUACAUCUCAAGCCGUGUCGUCUACUUCGAUUGCCAUUGUUGGGCUACGAGACUCCGACUUGGUUCCUCAACUCGUCGAGCUAUGUCACGGGUUUAUGUACAUGUGGAGAUCGAUGAACCAAUCUCACGUAAUCCAAAGCGACGUGGUGCAACAAGUCCGAGGUCUCGUCGCCACAACCGCCAAAACUGGGGCGGCGACUUCCGACAUGCAAAUUCAAGCAACCCGCGAUCUCGAGUCCGCGAUAUCGUCGUGGCACUCGAGUUUUUGCCGUCUAAUAAAAUUCCAACGCGAUUUUAUACGCGCCCUCUACGGAUGGUUCAAACUCACUCUCCUUCCCGUAACCGUCGAGCCAAGCAAUGCCCAAAACGACUUCCGCGAGGUUCUAGCGUUCUUCGAUGAGUGGAGACUCGCGCUCGACCGCGUGCCCGAUACCGUCGCAUCGGAAGCAAUCAAGAGCUUCGACAAUGUCGUCAGCUCGAUACUUACCAAGCAAACGGAGGAAGUAAAGAUAAAAAAACGAGGCGAAGCCGCGGCCAAGGAGCUCGAGAGAAAGAAAUCCUCGAUUAGAUCCAUCGAGAAGAAGUAUUACAACUCGUACUCGUUGGUCGGCGUGGAACCUCCCGGCGAUGAUAACGGACGAGCAUUGGACACACGGGACCCGUUAGCCGAGAAAAAGGCUGAGCUUGCGCUAUGCCAACGACGGGUGGACGACGAAAUAGCUAAACACUCGAAGGCGGUCGAGGUGACCCGAGCGAUGACGCUGAACAACAUACAAACCGGCUUGCCGGGUGUUUUUCACGCCACCGCAAGCUUCUCGACCUUGAUAGCCGAAGCAUUAGAGAUGGUUUGUACGCGCUCGUAUGCUAUUCAAUAAUUAUGUCAAUUAUUUUUUUUGAAAUUAUUUUUAUAUGAAAUUUUUGUUUUAACUUUUCUUUUUUAAAUUUGUAACACUCUAGGGUAUUUUAAAAAUUGUUUAAUUUAAUACUUGUUUUUUUAUUAAUUGUU